GUUCAUUGAAUCCAGCUUAUUGCGUAAUUCGCCCGAUUUCCCUUUAUCAAACUUUUUGGCGGGCGCGAUAAAAGUCAAGCGGUGCGGUCGCGUGUCUUUUCGCCGGCUGUUCGGCGGCUCUUCCCUCCCGGAAAGGCAAAGUUUUAAACCUUCGUUCCAAGUUCAUUCGCCGCUCGCAACCUUUUUCAUUAUUUUUAUUUGGUAUGCUGCGCGUAACCUUCAAACUGCUGACAUUGCGUAACACAGUCACCUGCCGCUCAUUGUCAGCCGCGAUUUCGACCAGCAUAGCCCGGCGGAAAACCCUUGCGAUUUCGCCCUUUACGACUGUAAUGGGCAACCAGCAGGCAUCUGUCAAUGUAAACCAAGCCCGCGGAAUGGCUUCGGAAAAUGAGGUCUUUUCCAAGGAAGAGCUCAAGAAGAGGCUUACUCCGAUGCAGUACCAUGUCACCCAGGAAAGGGGGACCGAGAGGGCUUUCACUGGCAAGUACAACAAAAACAGCGAGGGUGGCACCUACUACUGCGUCGUCUGCCACGAAGCUUUGUUCUCUUCGGAGACAAAGUUUGAGUCUGGCUGCGGCUGGCCGGCGUUCAACGACGUCAUCGACUCCGCAAAGGUCAAACUGACGAAAGACACCUCGCACGUCGGUGCCAAUCUGCUGCUUCUCAUCGCCAAUCCAGGCAUGGUGCGCACCGAAGUCAGCUGCCUCAAGUGCAACGCCCACCUCGGACACGUGUUCGGCGACGGGCCGCGGCCGACCGGAAAGCGCUUCUGCAUCAACUCGGCGUCGCUCGACUUCAAGAGCUUCGCCGACCAGAAGCUGGACUCGUGAAUCAAUCAAUCGAUCGAUGGAAUCAGCGGGCAGUCCGGUUUCCGCGAGGCCACACGCUUCCUGCCGCCAUCUUUGCGCAGCGGAGACGAGGACUGCCCGCUGAUAAAAAAAUGGCUGCAUCGCUGAUUCCGAGCUGCAUUCCAUUACACGAUGCUAAUUUUGUAAUUACGUCCCUGAAAUUUUUGUACUACACACUGCUCAAGGAUAAUCAAAAAUCAGGAGUGCGCGGGAUCGGCAAUGCAGCAAUCAAGAAUGAGCGGGAGGGAGCUUUUAACGUACUUAACUAACUCUGCAAUUAACUGAGAUGGCGAUAUACACACACUUUGACAACGUUUUGUAAUGUAACGCUAGUCACGAUUUACGAUAUAUUUUAAAUGUACAGUUGCGAGAUGAUGUGUGGCUUGAUUAGCUAGACCGAGAAAGGCCUGUGCUUUUGAUGAAAACGGAACGAUUUCCAAGGCCGGUGGAGUGCGAUUGUAAUGGAUUAUCAAAUUCAAUUUUUUCAUUUAGUUCCAGAAUCUUUAAGAAGCUUUGAAGUUCGAUUUUACUGUUCUGUAACCGCAGUUUUAACAUGAUUAAUAGUAGCCGGCUCUCUUUUGCGCCUUAUUUAUGUUUUUUAAUGUCGUAAGUGUCCUGUUCCUAAACAAGCACAAAUUGUUAUUAGCACUAGAGUAUCAAACCGACUAUUUAUACACAUUUUGUCAAGUCCUUGCCAACUUUAAUAACGUGUAAUCUUGCUUUGUGAUGGUAAUUUAUUCUGGAUGAAGUGAUACUUUUAAACUGUAAGUGUGGUAAUCGGAUAUUGUCUCGUUACUUGCACAAACACUAAAAUAUAAUACUACUCGAAAACAUGCAAUGUAAGUUCGAAAAAAGCCUGUUCAUGCAAAACUGAAUCAAUCCGGAUCAAACUGAUGCUAAUAUAUACUUAUUAUUGGAAAGUAAAAAAAACUGUAUUGCAGAGAUGAUCUGAUCAUAUAUUUUUAACCUUGAAUUAAAAAGUCUCACGAUUUUCUUAAUGAA